GCCAAUGACCUUGAGCCUUCUUGGAUGGGCACGUCUAAUGUAAAUCUAUGGCAGCACCCAAGGGAGUUUGAACUUUCUUGCGGUCCCUGUAUAUUUCGCGGUGACGUAGUGUCCCCAAGAGUGGCAGAACACUGAGCAAAUCACGGCGCAACUAGAGAACAUUACCAAACCCUACGCUCUGUACUUUCCGCUGGCGGCCCCACCACCACAGAAAGCACUGAGCUAGGCUGAAACACCUGCAUUUUGGAGCUGCCUUACUCAAGAAAGCAAGAAAGAGGCCAUGUUUGUAUGCAGCUUUAUUAACUCAAUGCCUUGGGAAGGUAGACUGCUGAUUUCACAAGUUGUUGCACCCAUCCGUAAUCAGAUUAACAAAUACAGUAUGAAUCUAAGUUCACUCAUGAGGAUGUGUAGGUAAUAGUGAGUUUAUAAGGCUACAGUAUGGAAACAAACUAAGAUAAAGAAGACAGAAAUAAUUUCCUGAGUCCCAAGACUCUGCACAGCCUAAUGGGAAAUAAUCACAACAGGUGUGUUCUCUUUUAUUCAUGUCUUACUUUUAACUGGAUUGGUGGAUGUCACUCCCCAAAUUACUCCCUGUGUCACCAGACAAGUUAAACUUCUUUCUUACACUCAGGUAUCUUCUGAAAUCUUGUACACAUGGUCUACAAAGGUCAACCUAAAUCGUGCAUGUAAAAUACAUUUGAAUCUCCAUUUCAUUGUGUGCCUUACAUAAGUGAGCCCUCCUUUACUGUUCUAGGAAAACCAGAUAGGUCACUAGUGCUUUUGGGGAGGUGGGAUCACAGGUUUCAGUAGGGUAGGAGGGGUCUAGUACUACUGCUGUUAUGUCAGAGAUUAGAGCAUUUAUAAAGCCAGGAAUCACAAUGCUUUUGUGAGUUUGUUCUGACCUGCAGUGUAGGAGAAGAAAAGGGAUGUUCCAUAUUUAAGGUGGAAAGGAAGCGUGCACACUUAGGACAUGAGGACAGGGACAGCUCUUGCAGUGUUGGUGCUGGCACUUUUUUCAUAUGCUACAGCAAAGCCCAAAAGUCGCUUCACACGAUAUCCAUCAUGGAAUACGAAAAUGUAUCCAGUCUGGAAAGAUGAAGAUCCUCGGUACAAAGACUCUUGGAAAGGUGGCAAGGUGAAGUUCAUUGUGGGUAAUGAUGCACCGACCCUGACUGGAGCCAAUGUGACCUUUACCAUCGAGCUGCAGUUCCCACACAACCAGAAGGUCACGCCCGAUGGAGAGGUGGUGUGGGCUGAGAACUGCACCGUCAAUGGUAAGUCCUCCUCCAGGACUGACUGGGUUUUGGUAACCUCAUCCCAUGUCUGGUAAUCAAGAUCAGGGUUCUGGUAACCUCAGUCCCAAGCUUUUGGCCAUAUGAGGGUCUGUUGUCACUUAUACACCU